AUGACUCUACGAUAUAGUUUGUUCAAGCGACUAAAGCUGACAAAGCCAUUCUAUGUCACUACACCUAUAUUUUAUGUCAAUGCAUCACCUCAUAUUGGUCAUUUAUACUCCAUGUUAAUAGCUGAUACAAGAAGUAGGUGGGAAAAAUUAAACCCAAAUAAAUUCUCAUAUAUGUUAACAGGUACAGAUGAACAUGGAUUGAAAAUACAAACAGCAGCUGAAAAGCAAGGGAUUGAUCCAAAGGUUUUAGUCGAUAGAGUUACAGGGAAUUUUAAAGAAUUAAGUAAUAAGUUAGACAUUAAUUAUGACAGAUUUAUUAGAACAACAGACAAGGAUCACGUCAAUUUAACUCAUUAUUUCUGGAACGUCAUGGAAGAGAAAGGGUUUAUAGAGAAAGGAUCACAUAGUGGGUGGUACUGUGUCAGUGAUGAAACAUUUUACCCCGAGGCAAAUACUGAAGAAAUCGAAAAAGAUGGUAAGAAAAUCAGAAUAUCGUCAGAGAGUGAAAAUGAAGUUGUAUACCAAGAGGAGACCAAUUAUUUUUUUAAAUUAUCAGCAUUUCAAGAUCAAUUGGUUCAGUAUCUACAAAACAACCCAGACUUUAUUAAACCACAACAUAGAUAUAAAUUUAUACUUAAUGAAUUAAUGACAACAAAAUUACCAGAUCUUUCAAUUUCGAGACCAUCAUCAAGACUAAAAUGGAGUAUAGAGGUUCCAAAUGAUCCAUCUCAAAAAAUUUACGUAUGGUUUGAUGCCUUAUUAAAUUAUUUAACAGCCACUGGUUUUCCAAAUGGGUUUCUACAAGAUUCAAAAUAUAUCACACCAGAAGAUAAUUUAUGGCCAGCCACUCAUAUAAUUGGUAAAGAUAUUAUAAGAUUUCAUUGUAUAUAUUGGCCCAUAUUUUUAUUAGCAGCAGGAAUAGAUUUACCAAAACAAGUGAUAGUACAUUCACAUUGGUUAUGUGAAGGUUUUAAAAUGAGUAAAAGUUUGGGAAAUGUAGUUGAUCCAAUUGAAAUUAGUGAAUACUACGGUAUUGAUCCUGUUAGAUUUUUUUUAAUGGAAAAUUCAAAUAUUGAAGAUGAUUGUAAAUUCAGUGAAACAUUAUUGGAAAGAUCAAGAGACUCUUUACUUGGGAAAUACUGUAAUCUUUUAACUAGAAUUGGUGGUGGUAAAUUUGAUAUUAGAGAAUCUGUUGAGUACUGCAAAAAAGGUAAAUUUGAUGAUAUUUCACAACUAAUUCAAAACUAUAGUCUCAAAAAGGACAUUGUACCAUCCAUAUUACAAUUAUCUACUGAUUUGCAAGAUGAUAUUAAUAAUUUAUACACUCAAAUGGAUGAAAAAAUUAUAAACUUUGAUUACAUCAGAGCAGUACAAACUUGGUGGCAAGUAAUAAAUCAAGCAAAUCAAUUAUUUCAAAUUUCAGAACCGUGGUUAUAUAUUAGAGCUUUAAAGUCAUCUAGCGGGCUAGAUGACAAAACAAUUGAAGACUACAAAAAACUAAUAAAUUACUACGUAUUUUUAUGUUCAGAAACAAUAAGAAUUUCAUCAAUUUUAAUCCAACCAAUUAUGCCAAAUUUAUCAAAAGAUAUACUAGAUAGAUUGAACAUUGACAUCAAUAUGAGAAACUCUGAUUAUGUUAAAAUUGGUGCUGAUUUAAAUUAUGGUGAUGGAGCUAAUCUGAACAAACAUAAAUUACCUUUACAAAAAUUACAACCUCGUGUUAGUGACAAAAUUGAUGAUUAA